UCUCCCGUUCGCCAAUUUCGCCUCCUACCUUAAAAACCUGAAGCAGAGCGAAGCAGAGAUCGAGAGAAACGAGAAAGAAGGAGAGGGAGAGGGAGAGAAGGGCUCUUCGAUGACCUAGUUCUUCUUUCUCUUCCAUCUCCAUACUUUUUUCUGCAACUUUUCUUCAGCAACCUGAGAGAAACAAGAAACAGAUAACAGAUGAAGCAAGAAGAAGUACAGGGGAGGUCUCUCUUUGGAAUUUCUCUCACAGAUCGACCCAAAUGGCACCAAUUUCUCCUUUGCUCCUCUGGCUUCUUCUUCGGCUAUCUUGUUAAUGGAAUCUGCGAGGAAUACGUUUACAACCGUUUGCAGUUCAGCUAUGGCUGGUACUUCACUUUUGUACAGGGAUUCGUCUAUCUCGGCCUCAUAUACUUACAGGGCUUCAGCACAAAGCAUAUGGUGAAUCCAUGGAAGACUUACACGAAGCUUUCUGUUGUGUUAAUGGGUUCUCAUGGGCUAACCAAGGGCUCCCUCGCCUUCUUGAACUAUCCUGCUCAGCUUAUGUUCAAAUCAACUAAGGUGUUGCCUGUAAUGGUAAUGGGGGCUUUCAUUCCCGGCCUUCGAAGGAAAUAUCCAUUACAUGAAUAUAUUUCUGCGUUUCUUCUCGUUGUGGGAUUAAUCUUCUUCACGCUUGCUGAUGCUCAGACCUCGCCAAAUUUUAGCUUUAUUGGCGUUUUAAUGAUCGCCGGAGCUCUUAUAAUGGAUGCGUUUCUUGGAAAUCUUCAAGAAGCCAUCUUUACUAUGAAUCCUGAAACAACUCAGAUGGAGAUGCUGUUCUGCUCCACUGUUGUUGGGCUUCCCAUGCUGAUUCCUCCCAUGAUUUUAACUGGGGAGCUGUUUAAGGCGUGGAAGUCGUGCUCAGAGCUCUCCGUCGAAGUGAGGAAUUUUGAUUGUGGUGUUGAAUUGAUGUUGAAGUAG